AUGUCUCCUUACCCUCCAAUCUCCUCUCUCGAGGCGAACCUCUACUACCAUGGCCUAUAUUCAAGGCCAGUUCUGGUGGCCCGUAGCGGGACAAAUCCUUGGAAGCCCCCUGCUGGCCCCCCAGGAUACCUCCCACGAAAGCUGCUACGUACUGUUGGCAAUCACCCACUUACCGAAAUCUGGAAGGACAAAAUCGCUCUACAAAUGGACAAGAUCCUUCAGUCGAAGGAGAUAAAGUGGACAAGUACGGAUGUCACUCGCAUUGGUACGGUGGGGGAAGCCAUCGCUCCAGUAGUUAUCUGGAUAGGUGUACAGCCAGAUACGCUACCCUGGGAACUGGGCUACACAGUUGCUAUGGAGUGCAAGGAACUUCUGGUCGCAAACCAGAUCUUAGAUGUUGAGGUCGAAAUCCGCGAGUCUGUUGUGACUCGCUAUUCUGGUCCUAAGCUUCUAAAGCCUGCCGCCCUAGAUGACCCCACUGCAGAGCUCCGGGAGCCGCUUACCUCUACCCUUGGCCUUUCCAUCAGCCGUACACGUAGCGAAUGGGCUGAGGGUACGGGGGGAUUUUACCUUAGGGAUAAGAUUAGGGAGUCUAAGCUCUAUUUGGUUACAGCCCGGCAUGUUGUGUUCCCAUCUGGUCCUGACCACAAGGUCAUUGAGCGCAAGCGCUCCGGCCAGCCUUAUGACCACAUUGCUCUGUUUAGUAGUACAGCAUUUAUCAACUAUCUGGGACAGAUAACUACGGCUAUUACAAAAAAAGAGAUGGUCUGGGAGUUUCGGGAGGGGGUUGUUGAGGCUCUAAGAACCUCACAGGGAAAAGAUGGAGGUGAGGCUACAAGCAAGCUAGCAUCUAAUGAGACUCUCCUACAAGAGGUGUCACAAGCGAUUGUGGCUAUGAAGACACUCUACAAUAAUGUAGUAAAGAACUGGGACAACCUUCAUGAUCGGAUUAUUGGGCACCUCCGCUUCUCCCCCCCUCUCCAAUAUGGAACUGGUUCAGCUGGGUAUACCCAGGACUAUGCGCUGAUCGAGCUCGACCAGUCCAAGAUUGAUGCUGCUACUUUUACUGGCAAUGCAAUUGAUCUUGGAACUAAGAUCACCCCUGAUGACUUCACCUGUCGGAUGUUCCCAAAUGCAACAAACCGGCACAGGUUUAAAUACCCGUUUGACCGCCUCUUUCAAGUGCGGGAUAUAAUUCCUGACGAUGAGUUGUAUAACCCGCACAUGGCCGACCAGCAGGGGGAGCCAUGUCUUGUUGUCAUCAAGCGUGGUAUUACUACUGGUCUUACCAUUGGCCGUGCAAACAAUAUUGCUUCUUAUGUCCGUUACUACAAUGCGGAUGGUAGCGAAGUUACCUCCACCGAAUGGCCCAUUUUUAAUUAUGAUGACAACCAUGGUCCUUUCUCCAGGUGUGGUGACUCUGGGUCUGCUAUCGUUGACAGCCUUGGGCGCCUUGGAGGGCUUCUCACGGGUGGUGGUGGCCUCACUGACCGGACCGAUAUCACCUACGCUACACCCGUUUCCUUCAUUUUUGAAAGCCUUAAGGCUCACAACUACCAUGUUACCC